AUGCCGUCGUGGGGUAAGGUAGUGUUGAUAACAGUGCUGGUGGCGGUAGUAGUAGGAGUGGUAGUGGGCACGGUGACUUGGGCCCUCAUGAGAAGCGACACGACGCCACCUGAUAUUAUAGAAUUGGAUUGGUGGGAGCACACGAUCAUUUAUCAGAUCUAUCCACGUUCCUUCAAAGAUACAGAUGGCGAUGGAAUAGGUGAUUUAAAAGGUAUUACAAGUGAAUUAGAACAUUUCUUGGACGCGGGCAUUGGUACUAUUUGGCUGUCACCUAUCUUCGUGUCCCCAAUGGUGGACUUCGGCUACGACAUCAGCGAUUUCUACGAUAUCCACCAUGAGUACGGUACUAUGGCUGAUUUUGAAGAACUCAUCCGGCGGGCACAACAACUUGGUAUAAAAGUGCUACUGGACUACGUGCCGAACCACGCAAGCACAGAAUCAGAGUACUUCAAGAAAUCAGUGGCCAGGGAGCCGGGCUACGAGAAUUUCUUCAUUUGGGCUGAUGCUAAGAUAGAUGUCAAUGGGAACCGCACAGUCCCAUCCAACUGGAUCAGUCAGUUCGGUGGAAGCGUGUGGGAGUGGAACGAAGAGCGGCAACAAUACUACCUACACCAGUUCGCGGUGGAGCAAGCUGACUUCAACUUCCGCGAGCCUGCCGUCAGACAGGAGAUGAUCAACAUUAUGCAGUUCUGGAUAGAGAAGGGGGUGCAUGGCUUCCGUUUGGACGCUCUCCCUCACCUUUUUGAAGCCGAUCCCGACGAUUACGGAGGUAUCUUCCCCGAUGAACCUCUAUCCGGGAACAUGUUCCUGACAAGUGAUCAGGCUGGAUUCACCACACAGGAACACAUAAAAGACCUUAUAGAGAUUUAUGACGUUGUCUACGAAUGGAGGGAAUUCGCAGACAGUUGGCAGGAGGAAAACGAUUCGGAAACAAUAGUACUGCUAGCAGAGGCGUACGCUAACGUUUCAAUGACGAUGUUGUACUAUGGCGACGAGCGCGGCCGCAUCGGCUGCCAUUUCCCCUUUAACUUUGACUUCAUCACUAGCCUCAGAGCCACCUCCAACGCACGUGACUUCGUCUACGUCAUCAGUCGCUGGCUCACCUACAUGCCCUACGGCAAUGUCGCCAACUGGGUGUUUGGCAACCAUGAUAACAGCAGAGCUCCGUCAAGAUUCAGAACUACUAUGGUAGAUGGUCUGAAUGCUCUAAAUUUGAUGCUCCCUGGAGUGGCCAUAACGUACCAAGGCGAAGAGAUAGGAAUGAGAGACGGGUACGUCAGCUGGAAUGACACCGUCGAUGUGAAUGCGAUCAACCAAGGCAAUCCAGACAACUACCUGGAGUACUCGAGAGACCCGGCACGCACGCCGUACCAUUGGGACAACUCUACCAACGCCGGCUUCACCACGGGGCAGACAACUUGGCUGCCGGUAGCUGAAGACUACAUGGAAAUCAAUCUGCAAGCCCAGAGAGAGGCCGAGCGGAGUCAUUACAAGGUAUACCAAUCGCUGAGUAGACUACGCGGGAUGGCAUCAUUAUCGCACGGCGCCCACUACCUGGAAGCACUGUCUGUUAACACGCUGGUGCUGGUACGCCAUCUCGCCACGUACAAUACUUACGUCCUAUUGUUCAAUGUGGGUACAGAUGAGGAUACCGUGGAUCUGGCUAGAGUCGCGUUCCUCAAUGAACCAAUGACGGUCUACGAAUCCAGCGUAUUCUCAAGAAGAAGAACAGGGGAUACAAUAUCACUGGGCGAGUUGAGUCUGCAGCCCGGAGAGGCGCUAGUGUUGCGCGCACCGCCUACAUGACCACAAUAGCAAUUAGUUACUAGAAAAUUAUUUUAUAAUUAG